GGGAAGGCAUUCUGCAUGUGCUACGCCGCCCUGGGCAUUCCACUCACCCUUGUCAUGUUCCAGAGCCUUGGCGAACGCAUGAACACCUUUGUCAAGUACCUCUUGCAACGGAUGAAAAAAUGUUGCCGGAUGAGAAGCACAGAGGUCUCCAUGGAAAACAUGGUGGCUGUCGGCUUCUUCUCCUGCAUUGGCACCCUCUGCAUUGGAGCAGCGGCCUUUUCUCAUUGUGAGGAGUGGACCUUUUUCCAGGCCUUCUAUUACUGUUUUAUCACAUUGACUACAAUCGGGUUUGGGGACUACGUGGCCCUUCAAACGAAAGGAGCCCUUCAGAAGAAGCCGCUCUACGUGGCCUUUAGCUUUAUGUACAUCCUGGUGGGAUUAACUGUCAUUGGGGCAUUUCUCAAUCUGGUCGUUCUCAGGUUGUUCAUGAACAUUGAGGAAGAGAGACGGGAGGCCGAGGAGCGGGCCUCCCUGGCAGGAAACCGGAGCAGCAUGGUGGUCCACAUUCAAGAGGAUUCUCAGCAUGGCCGUCCACGGUACAAGGCUGAGGUCACGGAUCUUCAGUCUGAUUGUUCCUGCAUGUGUUACAGGUCCCAUGAAUACACCAGCCGGGUCGUUUCCCACCAAAAUUCCUUCAGUUCCAAGCUGAACCUUCAGUACUUUCACUCCAUCUCCUACAAGAUUGAGGAGAUCUCACCAAGCACAUUAAAGAACAGCCUAUUCCCAUCCCCGGUCAGUUCUAUCUCCCCUGGAUUGCACAGCUUUACAGAGAACCACAGGCUGAUGAGAAGACGGAAAUCCAUUUGA